GUUGGCGGCCCCAGACCCAGCUCGGGCCUCACCCGGAUGGCGGCUGAGACGCGUGGCUGCCGGCCCUGGGGCUCGCUCCUCCUCGGGCUGCUCGGGCUGGUCUCGGCCGCGGCCGCUGCCUGGGACCUGACUUCGCUGCGCUGCAACUUUGGCACCUUCUGCGAAUGUGACUUCCAGCCCGACUUCCCGGGUCUGGAGUGUGACCUGGCCCAGCACCUGGCAGGCCAGCACUUGGCCAGGGCGCUGGUUGUGAAGGCACUGAAGGCUUUCGUGCAGGACCCCGCCCCCACCAAGCCGCUGGUCCUCUCCCUGCACGGCUGGACAGGAACUGGCAAGUCCUAUGUCAGCUCCCUGCUGGCCCACUACCUCUUCCGGGGUGGCCUCCGAAGCCCCCAUGUGCACCACUUUUCCCCCGUCAUCCACUUCCCCCAUCCCAGCCACAUGGAGCGCUACAAGAAGGAUCUUAAGAGCUGGGUCCAGGGGAACCUCACUGUUUGUGGCCGCUCCCUCUUCCUCUUUGAUGAGAUGGACAAGCUGACCCCAGGCCUGAUGGAGGUCCUGCAACCUUUCCUGGGCCCCUCCUGGGUUGUGUACGGGACCAACUAUCGAAAAGCCAUCUUCAUCUUCAUCAGCAACACUGGUGGCGAGCAGAUCAACCAGGUGGCACUGGAGGCGUGGCGCAGCCGCCGGGCCCGCGAGGAGAUCUCCCUGCAGGAGCUCGAGCCGGUCAUCUCCCGGGCCGUGCUGGACAACCCACACCAUGGCUUCUGGCGCUCGGGCAUCAUGGAAGAGCGUCUGCUGGAUGCCCUGGUGCCCUUCCUACCGCUCCAGCGACAUCACGUGCGGCACUGCGUGCUCAACGAGCUGGCCCAGCUGGGUGUGGAGCCGCGGGAUGAGGUCACCCAGGCUGUGCUGGACAGCACCACCUUCUUCCCUGAGGACGAGCAGCUCUUCUCCUCCAACGGCUGCAAGACUGUGGCUUCCCGGAUCGCCUUCUUCCUCUGACUCUCCAGGUGGCAUCCUCGGCCGUGCAGGAAAGCCCCGGGGCCUCUCAGAGGGACCCUUUCCUGAGCCUCCUGGAGAGUGGAGCCCAGAGCACAAACUGAAGAUGAGAAGUGUUGGCUAGGCCAUGAGACAGGACAGGGGGGCCCUGGCCUCGGAACUGGUCUGAGGACAUCUUGGCUGUUGCUUCCUCCCCAGGGGAAACCGCUGGUCACCUCCGAACCUCAGUGAGCCUUGACUUCGCCCCCCAGCUGAGCCUUCUUAACAUGUGAACUGCAACUCAGGGACUGUGGCUCGCGGCUGCUCCCUCCGCCUCCGUCUUUCUCCUUGACCCCUUGCUGACCACCAUAUCCCAAACCCUCUGUCUCAGUAUUGUAAGCCAGGCUGAGACUUCUCAGUCCCCACGAACGGAGGGACUCAAGCUGCCACUUGGGCCUGGUUUUUAGUUUUUAAUUUUGUAAAAGAAGAAAACAAAUACAAUAAACUU